AUGGGCCGUUGUUCCCGCCCAAACAAAGCAACAACACAGCUCAGAGACAUUCACUCUCACUCUCACUCUCACACAACACUCUCCUCCGGCGAACCCAUCCUCACUGACGGCGAACUCCAUCCUCACCGACGGCGACCCACUGUCGAUACAACCUCACCGAACCGUUCAGCAGCGGCAGACCCUCUCUACAGCACUCCUCAAAUCGAACCCAUCGGUUUGCCCUCUCUCCAUCUUAAGAACCCUGCGGUGAAGAGGAUUCUCCAAGAGGUCAAGAAGAUGCAAUCCAACCCUUCCGAUGAUUUCAUGAGCCUCCCUCUCGAGAAAUCACCAUUGUGUGAUCAUUCAAUUUCGAUUAAUUCUAUGUUGAUUUGCUCUAAUUGCAUUCAUGCCCACCAACAUUCUACUGAUAAAGAGGAUGAAGCUAACCAGAGUUCUGAAGAUGCCGCUGGUGCAGUAACUCCCGGGGAAGGGCUUACAAAUCCAGCUGUGGGUGAUAGGAUUGUUGAAGAACAUUCUACUGAUAAAGAGGAUGAAGCUAACCAGAGUUCUGAAGAUGCCGCUGGUGCAGUAACUCCCGGGGAAGGGCUUACAAAUCCAGCUGUGGGUGAUAGGAUUGUUGAAGAACCACAUGAAGCUUCUUUGAACGGGAAUCCCAGACCUGAGGGUGUGGGGGUAUCUAGACAGGUUCGUGCUGGACCCACAAGUGAACAGCUCCUGCAGAGGUCGGGACCGAGGGUUCAGAAACCGGCUGAUGAUCGUUUGUUCACUUGGGCUGCUGUUGGACUUACCAUUGCUAUUAUUGUUCUUCUGUUGAAGAAGUUCAUGAAAGCUAGUGGACAUGGUGCUGUUUUCAUGGAUGGAUCAUAAAUAUGGUGGUGGUUGAUGCCGAUUUUAAUGCCCUGCUUGGAUUUUGAGGAUACUAUAUUAAAUUUUCUAUCAAGGAAUUUGUAAUAUAUCAUAAUUUGUCUUGCUCGUGUUAAUACCAUUACUACCAAUAAUAUAAAUAUGCAACGUGCUCGCAUUUGUUAGGCUUGUAUGAGGAUUUGUAUUGGGAUUGAACAGAAUGGGCAAAGAAUGAAGUUUUAAUUAUAUGAGAAGUUCAUUUUAUUGAAGAACA